AUGGCCAUGGACCAGUCGCUUAUCAAGCUUGUCAACAAGCUUCAGGAUGCCUUCACCAACGUGGGCAUUCAGAACCCCAUCGACUUGCCCCAGAUCACCGUACUCGGUUCCCAAUCCUCGGGCAAAUCCAGUGUCCUCGAAAACAUCGUCGGCCGCGACUUUCUCCCGCGCGGCACCGGUAUCGUAACGCGUCGUCCUCUCGUCCUCCAGCUUAUCAACCGUCCGGCUUCCGCCAAACCCAACGGCGAUGCGAAAUCCGAAGCUGCUCUCACUGGUGCCAACAAUCACAAUGAGUGGGGUGAGUUCCUGCACCUUCCAGGCGAGAAGUUCUUCGACUUUGAAAAGAUUCGCGAAGAGAUCGUCCGCGACACCGAGCUCAAGACCGGCAAGAACGCCGGCAUUUCGCCCCAGCCUAUCAACCUCCGCAUCUACAGCCCAAACGUCCUCACCCUCACCCUUGUCGAUCUGCCCGGUCUCACAAAGGUGCCCGUCGGCGACCAGCCCAGAGACAUUGAGCGUCAGAUUCGUGACAUGGUGCUCAAGUUCAUCUCCAAACCCAAUGCCGUCAUUCUCGCCGUUACCGCCGCCAACACCGAUCUGGCCAACUCAGACGGUCUCAAGCUUGCCCGCGAAGUCGAUCCCGAGGGCACCCGCACUGUCGGUGUCUUGACCAAGGUUGAUCUCAUGGAUGCAGGCACCGAUGUCGUCGACAUUCUCGCCGGCCGUGUCAUCCCGCUCCGCCUCGGCUACGUCCCCGUCGUCAACCGUGGCCAGCGUGACAUCGACCAGAGGAAGCUUGUCAGCGCCGCACUCACCGCAGAAAAGGACUUCUUCGAGAACCACCCCAGCUACCGCAGCAAGGCCCAGUACUGUGGCACGCCCUUCCUCGCCCGCAAGCUCAACACCAUCCUCAUGCACCACAUCCGCAACACGCUGCCCGAUAUCAAGAACAAGAUCGGCUCCCAACUCGCCAAGUUCCAGGCCGAGCUCGCCUCGCUCGGUGGCGCCUUGGGCGAAAGCAACUCGGCCGGUGUUGUGCUUCAAAUCAUCACCGAAUUUGCCAACGAGUUCCGCACCGUCAUCGACGGCAACUCGAACGACCUCACCAUCAACGAGCUCGCCGGUGGUGCGCGUAUCAGCUUUGUCUUCCACGAGCUCUACAGCAACGGUGUCAAAGCCAUCGAUCCCUUUGACACGGUCAAGGACGCCGACAUCCGCACUAUCCUCUACAACUCUUCAGGUUCCUCACCCGCCCUCUUUGUCGGCACCACCGCUUUCGAGGUGAUUGUCAAGCAGCAGAUCAAACGACUCGAAGACCCUUCCAUCCGCUGCUGCUCGCUCGUGUACGACGAGCUGGUGCGCAUCCUUGCCCAGCUCCUCACUAAAAACCAGAGCUUCCGCCGCUUCCCCGCUCUGCGCGAACGCUUCAACACGGUGGUCAUCCACUUUUUCAAGAAGUGCAUGUCCCCCACCACCAAGCUCGUCUCGGACUUUGUCGCCGCCCAAGCCGUCUACCUGAACACGGGCCACCCGGAUUUCAUCAGCGGCCACAAGGCCAUGGAGAUCGUCAAUGAGCGUCUCAACCCACCCCAGGCUGCGCACGACCCCAAGAAGCCCAACCCGCAUGCGAUUAACAACGACAAGGACCUCGACGUCUCGCUCAAGAACGAGUCGGGCUUCUUCGGCAGCUUCUUCCAGAAGACCCCGCAGAGCAACAAAGCCACGCAGGCCAAAAAGGCGCUCAUGGAGGCUCCACCGCCGUCACUUAGGGCUUCGGGUCAGUUCAGCCAGCGCGAGCAGCUCGAGACCGAGGUGGUCAAGCUGCUCAUCCAGAGCUACUUUAACGUGGUUAAGGUCGAGACCAUCUCGAUGGUCCCCAAGUGCAUCAUGCUCAACUUGGUGACGCACGUCAAGGAACAGAUGCAGAAGGAGCUGCUGCAGGAGAUCUACAGGCCAGACGUGCUCGAAGAGUUGAUGAAGGAGUCGGAUCACGUCGUGGCAAGGAGGAAGGAGUGCGUCCAGAUGAUCUCGGCACUCGAGACGGCUAGUGAGAUCAUCGCGACUGUAUAG